UCAACGCACCCGUGUGCGCAACACCAACGGAGUUUAGGGUUGCCUAUAAUAGUAGAAAAAACGCAUCUAUUGCGGUUCUACUUUCGGAGUAAGAGAGGAUUCUGUCUAAUCAAAUAUUAGCAUACUUGAAAUACCCUCAAACAUGACCAUCGUCUCGGAUGGCGGUGACGUUUUUGAUGGAGAUACGCAUCCUGACACUUCAUGACAAAAGACGUUCAACUACCUUCAGCGUCCUAUCAGCCGUGGCAAACAAGAGGAGCGAAAAGCACAGGAUGAAAAGCACUGGCUUACUACUGGGUUACUUUUUGAUGAAAGUUCUUGUGUGCGACGCAGAGGGAGAACCUGGAAAGAGCCUCGAUGGUGUGGUGACUGCGUCGGGGUCCAACGGCUCCAGAGACGGGGAAACCGGUCUCGCGGAGACCCCUCACACGGAGGACAGGUGUCGGGGCUAUUAUGAUGUGAUGGGUCAGUGGGAUCCCCCGUUCGUGUGCCGGACGGGUAGUUACCUGUACUGCUGCGGGACCUGUGGCUUCAGGUUCUGCUGCGAGUUUAAGAACUCUCGGUUGGAUCAGACCACUUGCAAAAACUACGACACGCCACCGUGGUCCAUGACGGGUAGACCACCGCCAAAGACGAUGGACCAGCACGAUCCGACGAAGGAUAAAACGAAUUUGAUUGUGUAUAUCAUAUGCGGAGUAGUUGCUAUUAUGGCGUUGGUUGGGAUAUUCACCAAACUUGGUUUGGAGAAGGCGCAUCGACCGCAUAGAGAGAACAUGUCCAGAGCCCUGGCCCAGGUGAUGCGUCAGACAGCUCCGGGGGAACAUGUGGAGAGAGAGGAGAGCAUGGCAGUGCACGGACAACCCUAUGAGAACAUACAAGCCAGAGCAACAGGAAACAACCUGCAGGGCACCCAGAUAAACAGUGUCGCGCCUGGUUCGUCUAUGAUGCAGAACAUGAGUCAGUAUCCCUCCCUCGGACAGGUAUCCCACCCUUAUGAGACAUCUCAAGCCGGGAUGGAGCUCAACAAGUAUGCCUCGCUCAAGGCUGUGGCUGAGAAGGCGAAUGAAAACUUCUACACCAACAGACGACACUUAGCCGACCUGGCGGCGAAAGGCACCCCGCUUCCCAUGCACUCUGUGAGUCUGGAGCAGGAGCCCACCAACCCCUACAGCCCCGAGCUCCCCUGCCAAAAGCAGAACGGACACAAGUCCAAAAGCACCAAGGUCCACAGUUUCCAUCCGCUUGCUUAUGGCUCGAACACCAUCGCCAGCCCCGGCAUGCUGAAAGGGUGGGAGGUGACGGAGACGCUAGGCCGUCGGCACACGUUCGCUCCCAGGAAACACGGCUCCACCGUGGAGCAAGUGAACGAGCUGACGUCCAGUCACAGCCAGCACUACCUGCCUCCUCAUCCGUACUUUGUCACCAACAGCAAGACCGAGGUUACCGUGUAAUUGAGGCCACAGCAGUGGGUUUAUCGAGCCCGGUCCUGAGCGGAUGCAUGGAACGGAUAACACAGAAGGUGUGACCGAUGAAGAAGCGUGGAUUAGGAUGCUGGCCUGCUGGAGAGAUUGAGCGACCAAUCUGGCUCGAGGUCCGCACGGCCCAUUAUCUGUUGGCUGUAUGUGUGCUGUUUGUCUUUGGGCGGUUGUGCAUCGAACGGGCAGGCGUUGAACUUCUGCCAGGUUCGAAAGGAAACGCAUAGUGUUUUUUCAUUGCGUCCAUUCCCUCACAAUGCCAAUCUCACCUGUAGUGAUGAGUUUUUGUUAAGGCCAUCCAUCAACGUGAUGACAUUCAAUGCAAUGAAGUCUAAAAGAUGGGACCAAUGUCAUUUACGGAAACAAAUGUUUCUCAGUGACAGCAGGAGCUCUCUCGAGACACAUUGUUUUUCACACAAACUUGUACAUAACAGAUGUUACCAAGGACAAACAGUGUCAAAAUCUUCCUCACAUCUAAAGAACAUCUAUAAAGCAGUUUGAACGAUAAAGGAGGAUGUGAGGGCAACUGUGUAUCCGGCUAGAGACGAAUUCAGAUUUCAUUUCAACACUAGUUGACUUUCCACAGUGCGUGCACCAAAAACCUGUAGCAGUUUAACGCGCUAUAUCCUGACGAACGCUGGCCUUGUGCCUUUCCAAAAACUAAAGAACUCAAUAUCUGAAAGCUCUUGUGAUUUUCAGCACGCGGCAAUUCUACAAUAACAAAGAUGCAUAAAUAUAAACAAAUCUAUUGUUUACCGUGUUCCUGUCAGUGUUCUCGACACAUUUUCCCCCUCUGUUGCAUCAAUUUUCUUUCGUGUGAACUGCAAAUGCCCCUUCUGUUAGUGUAAACUGUAGAAUUUGAUGAAUGUGGGGUUAAUGAUACACAAUUUUUUUUCAAUGUUAGUUAUGAUAAGGGUGGAAGGCUUUCGACCUGAUACCGGACAAGAUUAUUGCAGUCACUGCCAUUAAUGUUUUCUCGGUCUGUUUAGUAUUGAUAACUUAUUGAGCAGUUGCUCUUUUUGUCUUUAGCGUCAUGAUGUGAAGCUUUCAGGUGCAGAUUAACUUUACAUAAGGGCAAACAUUUACAGGUUGAGUAAAAAUGGCAAGCAUUUGGUUUUAAUUUCAAUAGCUUUUGUCUAACAAUCUGAAUUAUAUUCUUAAAUAUCUGGUUUUGUAUUGCAACAUGCUGUGGGUCACAGUCACAUAAACUUGGUUUGGAAUAGGGGAUUUUUGUUCACUUAUUGCCUCGUUUCCACUGUGUGGUAUGGUACAGUUCCGUUUCCACUGUGAAUGGUACCCAAAUAGCGAACCGUACCGUACCACUUUUUUGGGACCCUUUCGUAAGUGUACCUUGCACAGUAGUACCAAUAGUACCGGAACCAAAUGGGAGGAGCUAGUCUCACUAAAGAAUGCUGAUUGGUUUUCAGAGAAUCGUCACUUGAGCCUACUACAAGGGGAACCAAAGAGUAUAGAUGCAAAACUCAAUAGAUCGUUCCAUUGCAACACCUGCGCCCUGAAUUUCUGCCAUUUUGGGGUGAAAGCGACUCUGCUUUCUGCUCUGGCGAUGGCAAUAUCAGCUGCUUUGUUUAAAAAAUAAAACGUUAAAGCUGAAAUUCAACCUGAAUGAUGAUAAUACAUGACGACAAAAGCCUUGACUGGCUAGAAACCUUGUCAGAUAUCAAGCAUUUUCACCCCAAAAUGGCAGCCGCGCUGUUUUCUCUCAAAAAAGCACCAGAGUUGCGCCUCUUGGUAUCUAUACUCUUUGGGGGAACGACAAUACAGUAAGCGCCAUUGUAAUUUACAGAUUGCUUUGUUGCGUGAGAAUGACGCCGAUCGCUACUUUCAAGCCUACCUGUUGUCAAUGGAAACGCAAGCCAGAUAAUGGUUACCCGUAUCGAAGCGUACCAUACUGUACUGUACCGAACCAUACUGCUCAGUGGAAACGAGGCAUAAAAUGUAUGUACUGCUUUUAGUAUGUAGUAGACUUAAAGGGGUAGUUCUCCCAAAAUAGAAAUUCUGUCAUCAUUUAUUUACCCUCACGUCAUUCAAAACCUGUAUAUGACUCUUUCAUUUGUGUCUGUACAAUGGAUGUGAAUGGGCUUGGGCGCCAAUGUUGUUUGGUUACUGUCGUUUCUCAAAAGAUCUACUCUUGUGUUGUGCAUAAGAAAGUCAUACAGGUUUGAAAUGACAUGAUGGUGAAUAAACGAUGACCUCAUUUUCGUUUUAAGAUGAACCUUCCCUAUAAGGACCGAUCACACUAAAUUUUGUGUUUCAUUCCUUUCCUUUUAUGUAUAUGUAAACAUGAAAGAGUUGUUCUAAUGUAUAGAUUAGAGAUAACUGACAAACAGGUCUAAACACCACAGAUUGAUACUGGCUCACAAUCAAACAUCGAACUAAAUCUCAUUUUGGGAAUGUAUCGAAAAAGUGAACUUGACGUAUAUUUGAACAUUUUCAAUAUAUUAUUUAUACUUCAUUCAGUACAGUAGCCCUGGAGCCUGACCUCAUAUCCUUUUGCUAUUACUCUUUGCCAAGUCAGAAGUAAUAUUGCAUACUCAACGUGACUGACCUAUCCAUAUUUUAGUUGUAUGGAAAUUUGUGAAAUAAAAAAUAAUCGCUGCAAGAAAUGAACAAUGAAACAAUAUCAAAUUGGCUUCCAAACGGAAUCGAUGCUUUCUCAAGAUUUUCCUCUGUAAAGAUAACAAUACGAGCUCAGUUUAAGUACAUCUCCUCAUGAAUCUGAAAACUGACUUUGUGCGUCACGGCUACAACAACCUGCAACAAACCAGCACUUAAGGUUGACAUAAUGACCGCAGCUCUGUCAGUCAGUGAGUCCACUCAACGUCUAUUAAACCUGAGUGUCUCUCUGCAGGUGACCUGAUGACUCAGAGCCCCCUACAGGAUCACUCACCGGGUAGGGGACGUUUCUUGGAAUUAAUGAAUCCGCUACUGUACCGGUUCUCCUGAAAUCAAUGGGGAUUAGUACAGAGAACAUACAAGAUCUGUGCAGCUCGAGGAAGCCUCACAGCAAGAUUCCUGAGGUUCAUUACGACUGCAUAAUCUGAAACACGAAACAUCCACCUUGACAUAAGAAUCAGCCACGUCCGAAAUAAUCAUUCAAAUAAUGAGGUUAAUACUUGCUGUUCAUUAAAUGUUGCCCACUUAUAGAAUUUAUUUGCAUUCGCCAUCUGUUUUUUAUGUAAAGCAGGUUUGGUGCAAACACACCGUGUUCAGAAUGCAAAUUGAAUGGCUCUGAAUGCAGCAGACGAACGCUAUUAGGACAUGCUUUCCCCAUUACAGUCCAGGCUCCUAAAUUGACUCCUUAACACACCAAAAGUGCCCUUAACGGCAUGGCACAUCUGGAUAUAUGCCCAAUGUCAUCAUGUGAUCAUCAUCGCCGGUCAAUUACCGCUGGCGUAAACAAAAUAUGUACACAAAUGACUGUUUUAUUGCUCUGUUAAUGUUGCGUUCACCGCCUGGUUUCCAGUGAUGGCUCCAACGCUAACUUUUAAUUGCACCAGGCAAAUUUGCGGCGACUUGAUUUCGCAAUCUAACACAAGCCUCAUUUACAUAAAAAGAUGUGACUGCGCUGAAGAGAAUGACAAUGUAAGGGAUAAUGUACAGACAGUCGGUUGUUAUCGCAGAAAUCUUCGUUCAAAGUUUUUUUCGAGAUAACAGCCGGCUGCUUGUACAUUAUCCCGCUUAUUACACGGCUACUUGCCACAUGAGAAAAAAACUGGACAUAAAAUGUGAAUUUGAAAUAUUAGCUCAUUUUAAUCGAAUGCAGACCUUCCGCGAGGGAAACCGUUUGGUGUUUUCAAACCUGUUCGACUGUCUUUUUCUACAGAACACGAUAUUUUGAAGAAUCUCUGUAACCGAACAACACUGAUGCAGUACCUGUUGACCUGCAUUGUUUUUGAGUCCAACAUUUUCAACAUUCUUCAAAAUAUCUUCUUUUUUGUUCUCUCGAAGAAAGUCACACAGGUUUUUGAGAGAAGGGCGAGUAAAUGAUGACAGAAUUUUGACUUUAGGGCGAACUAUCCGUAUAAAUCUUUGAAACCGCAUCACGUUUAGCUUACACAGAGGUUGUUUUAAUACCAAUUGUUGUUUUCGCCUCUCGUUGUGCCUUGCUGUUCAUUAACAGACACCCACUUUCUGCAUCGCUCAUGUUAAAAUCCGUAUGUUUGUUUCUGUUGUUGAGUCUUUCAGCGCUCUGGAGCAUUUGUUAAUGUUUUAGAUGAAUGCAGAGAACAUAGGAAGAUCUAAAAGAGGGCUUGAGUCAAGAGAUAAAAUGACUAGUGUACAACAGUUUAUAACAUGCAAUCCAUCAUCUGUACAUUACACCAUAAAGGGCUGCAAAUUACCUGACAAACUUUAACGCUGUGAUCCUGUUUCAAAGGACGGAUUCUGGAUUCUCUCACAUAUAUGUGUAUAGGCUGUGCUACAAUUGCCCUUUAUUCCAUAGUAAAAAAAGCUUCACAUCCCCACUGCGAUUGUUAUUACUGUUAGUUAGUUUGUUUGUUUCUCUUACUGUUUCAUUUUUAAAACCCACCUGCCUAUUUAUAGAGUUUCAUUUUGAAAGGUAAUACCUCAAAUACUUUUGACAAGUAGAAACCCACUGUAAUAACUGAAUGAACUGUUAUUUGUUUAUUCUGGGAAUAGAUUUGAAUAUGCUAUAUUAUUAUAUUGUCAUAUUUUUCACAUAAUGCCAGAGUAGUUACAAGAUAACUUGAUAUUUGUAAGUAGUAGCAUAGUAGUUACUAAACAGACCAAUUGUCCAGUUCAGUGGUCUAUAUUGUAAAUCACAUAUAGAUGAAGCAAUUAGGAUUAAAGUGACCCGCCAAACAAGAUCAAAUCAUAAGUGUCAUUUAUUAACGGGGUUAUUUUGUCAUCCAGGUUUAUAUGAAAAUGUGUCAAUAUACUGUAGUAUUCGGUUAUAAUACUGUGUGUGCCUCAGUGUGCUCUUUACUGGGAAUGAAAAAUGAACAUCUUACUGCCCAUAAAUCACAUUUAAACAAUAAGGUACAUUUUUUAAACAGCAUAUUCUGUGUAACAUUUCUAUGUGAAAGUUGAAAGUUUAAGCACUGUUGUAAUGUUCACAUCACAAUACUUAUUUACAAUAAAUGUCUCUUGUCUA